AUUGAAGAUCUGCAGGAUCAGAACCAGGACUAGGACUCGGAGAUGGACCGGGACCAGGAGUCCAGCAUCAGGACCAGAGCGGGAUCUUCCUCUGGUCUGCAGAAACAUAAAGGCAAAGAGAGACCCACAAGUUAUCGUUGUGAUCAUUGCAAGAAAGUCUUCACCACUUCAUCAGGUCUGAGAAAACAUAAGAUGAUUCACACUGGAGAUAAACCGUUUAGGUGUGAUCAGUGUGGAGCAGCUUUUAUCACUAAAAGUAAACUAAAGAUUCACCAACGUAUUCACACUGGAGAUAAACCGUUUAGGUGUGAUCAGUGUGGAGCAGCUUUUACUGAGUCAGGAAAGCUAAAGAUUCACCAACGUAUUCACACUGGAGAUAAACCGUUCACUUGUGAUCAGUGUGGAGCAGCUUUUACCACAUCAGGUCAUCUAAGGACUCACCAACGUAUUCACACUGGAGAUAAACCGUUUAGGUGUGAACAGUGUGGAGCAGCUUUUACUGAGUCAGGAAAGCUAAAGAUUCACCAACGUAUUCACACUGGAGAUAAACCGUUCAGAUGUGAACAGUGUGGAGCAGCUUUUACCCAACAAAGUCAUCUAAGGACUCACCAACGUAUUCACACUGGAGAAAAACCAUUUAGGUGUGAUCAGUGUGGAGCAUCUUUUUCCAGACUAGAUAGUCUAAGGAUUCACCAACGUAUUCACACUGGAGAUAAACCGUUCAGAUGUGAACAGUGUGGAGCAGCUUUUACCAGAUCAAGUGAUCUAAGGACUCACCAACGUAUUCACACUGGAGAUAAACCGUUCAGAUGUGAUCAGUGUGGAGCAGCUUUUACCACAUCAGGUCAUCUAAGGACUCACCAACGUAUUCACACUGGAGAUAAACCGUUCAGAUGUGAACAGUGUGAGGCAGCUUUUACCACAUCAAGUCAGCUAAAGAAGCACCAACGUACUCACACGAGUGAUAAACUCUAAAGAUGUGAUCAGUGUGAAGUGUGGAAUUGCAAAAAACACCUCUGCACAGCAAAAGAAAAAGCGAAAUAAUCAGACAACGUCAUACCUAAAACUUGAAAGACUAACAUAAGAUGCCCCCUGGACACCUCCUGGGAAGGUGUUCCUGGCAUGUCCCACCAGGAGAAGAGCCAGGACACACCGGAGGGAAUGUCUUUUGGCUGACCUGGGAACGUCUCUGGAUCCUUCCAGAAGAGCUGGAGGAAAUGUGUGGGGUGAGGGAAGUCUGGACAUCUCUGCUCAGACUGCUGCCCCCGCUAACCAGUCCCACAUCAAGUGGAUGAAGAUGGAUGGAUGGACAAAAUCCAUAUAUCUGCAAAAAGCACAAAUUUAUUGUAACACCAUACUGAGAUACAGAAUGUAAUCUAACUAUAGCAU